AUGGGAGAAAACGAGGCUGCGCAUUAUCUCGUUCACUAUCAUAUAUUCAUGGCAAGAACGGCAGCCGCAGUUUACCGUUUCCGUACUAAUCUUCGAUUUGCCCUCGGAAUCCUUGAGACAAUCAAAGCCGUCAAGACUGUCGACGAUGAGCUGGCCGAAGUCAUAGAUAGCCUCCCUCGCCUUCUUCAGCCGGAAACUAAUCUUGAGGACGAAGAAUUGCACCAGCUCGAGCUCGCCAAUCCUUGGAUCAAGUGGCAGCGUUACGAUGUCACCUUAGUACUCCUCCACCUCCGCCUUCGCAUCCAUCGCACUCUGCAAUCACACUGGCUGUCAGCUCCUGAUCAGUAUAACUGGGCGAGAUCCGUCAGUGUGAGCUCAGCGAUGAGCGUCAUCUGGAUCAAUCGCAACUGGGAUCAACCAGCCUCCAUGCGAAAACAGUGGUACUUAUGCCUAUUCCAUGUUUUCCUUCCGGUGGUUACUGACCGCUUCAGGACCCUAUCCUACCAUAUCUUUGUCUCGGCUAUUCUGCUUUUGCGCGAAUGUCAAAAUGAAUUGACCAAUGCAGAGGAAUAUUACGAGGCGGUCUGUACCGCCCUCAGCCUACUCGAGGAGGUGCAAGAUUGGAACGCUGUUGCAAAUCACGCAGCUACGAUACUCCGAGUUCAAAUGAAUGGUAGUGCGUCUGCUAUAAACACCGUAUAA